GACGCAACGACCAGACUCGAGGCGUAUAUAAAGCGGCGUUCCUUGCCCUCAGCAGCACUCUUCGACGCUCCCUCCCAUACGCCAUGUCUGCCAAGCUCUUCGUCCUGUUCGCCCUCGUGGCUGUGGCCUGCGCCGCCCCCCGCCCCGAUGCCCCUCCUUCCUACGGGCCCCCCGCCUACAAGGAGCCUGGCAUGCCCUUCGACUUCGCCUACGCCGUCAAGGACGACUACACCGGCAACGACUUCGCCCACGACGAGACCAGCGACGGCAAGGUCACCUCGGGAUCCUACCGCGUCCUCCUCCCCGACGGUCGCACCCAGAUCGUCACCUUCACCGCCGACCACCACAGCGGAUACGUCGCUAACGUGGCCUACGAGGGCGAGGCCGCCUAUCCUGCACCCAAGCCCGCCGCCUACGCCCCUCCCCCUCCCGCCUACGCCUAAACACCAAGCCUUCCUCCUUCGCCUGAGAUAGCAACCAACACCUAAAGUUCGCCUUCCGCUUUUCCAAGCCUCUCCACCUCACUCCAAGCCCCUUGGCUCCUUCGCCGCAACUUCCAUCGUUCUCUCCACCUGGCGUUCCUCAGCCUCGUUCCGUUCCUUUCGCAGACGCCGCUUGAGCGCCUCUUCCUUUGCCUCCUUUCCUUCUGAGAUUCUGCAGAGUUAUAUUUAUUAUAAAUUAUGUUUUUCGCUCUUUAUAAUAAAUGCUGAUAUGUCUUA